GGUGUCGCCCCCUGCGCGGAGCCGCAGCGGCAGCACCGGCGGAGGCACCGGAGCAGCCACCGGGGCAGGUACCGGGGCAGGCACCGGAGCAAGUACCGGCGGCACCGGCGGGCCCCCCGCGGGCCGGCACCGGGCUCACGAUGCGCCCCCAAAGCCCCUGGGCCGCCGGCCCCGCUGCGCUGCUGCUCCUCGCAGCCUUGGCGGCCCCCGAGGCGCUGCCCGGCGCCCGCGGCAGGAAGAAGGUGGUUCAUGUCAUGGAGGGUGACAGCGGCGCCGUGGUGGUGCAGACGGCUCCGGGCAAGGUGGUGACCCACCGCGGCGGCACCAUCAUCCUGCCCUGCCGCUACCACUACGACAUCUCCGCGCACGACCCGGCCGAGAUCCGCCUCAAGUGGACCAAAGUGACGGAGCCCAUGGAUUUCGUGGACGUGUUCGUGGCCCUGGGCAAAGCCCGGAGGGCGUUCGGGCCCUACCGGGGCCGCACGGCGCUGCAGGAGGACGGGGCGGGCGACGCGUCCCUCAUCAUCCGCAACGUGACCCUGCAGGACUACGGGCGCUACGAGUGCGAGGUGACCAACGAGCUCGAGGACGACACCGGCGUGGUCAAGCUGGACCUGGAAGGGGUGAUUUUCCCGUACCACCCCCGCCUGGGGCGCUACACGCUCAACUUCCACGAGGCGCAGCAGGCGUGCCUGCAGCAGGACGGGAUCCUGGCCUCGCACGACCAGCUGCACCAGGCCUGGCUGGAGGGGCUGGACUGGUGCAACGCGGGCUGGCUGCAGGACGGCUCCGUGCAGUACCCGAUCUCCCGGCCCCGCGAGCAGUGCGGCCGCAAGGACACGCCCGUGGGCGUCCGCAACUACGGCUACCGCCACAAGGAGAGCGAGCACUACGACGCCUUCUGCUUCACCUCCAACCUCAACGGCAAAGUCUACUUCCUGAAAACCUUCCGCAAGCUCAGCUACCCCGAGGCCGUGCAGGCGUGCAAGAACAACGGCGCGGCCGUGGCCAAGGUGGGGCAGCUGUACGCGGCCUGGAAGCUGCAGCUGCUGGACCGCUGCGAGGCGGGCUGGCUGGAGGACGGCAGCAUCCGCUACCCCAUCGUCAACCCCCGCGCCCGCUGCGGCGGCCGCGAGCCCGGCGUGCGCAACCUCGGCUUCCCCGACAAGAAGUACAAGCUCUUCGGCGUCUACUGCUUCAAAAAGGCCGGGGAAGCCCCUCCCGCGGCGGCCGCGGGGGUCCCCAAACGCGUGUGAGGCUUGGGGUGCUCCGGCAGCACGCCCGGGUUUGGUUCGGGGUCUCCCCCCCAGCACCCCCCGAGCCCCGCCGGUGCGGGGAGCUGCGGGCAGCCCCCGCCGAGGGACGGGGAGGGGGCAGCGGCGCGGGCUGGCGGCCCUCGGUGGCGCUCGGGGACACCGGGGCGGCGGGAGGGGACGGGUUUGGUGAGCCCCGCCGGGAGCCCGCGCCCCCCGCCCGGGGCUGGCCCCCCGCUCCCCGCAGCUCUCGCUUCUCCCCGCGCCUGUUGCAUGCGCUAAAGCGCCGCGGAGCCCCCGCCCUCCUCAUCCUCACCCCGAAACCCCCCCGUGGCGCUGGGCAAGGACUGCGGGCACCGGGUUCGGCUCCGUGUCUCGGCAGCCGGGGGGUCCCGCAGCCCCCGGGGCAGCUCCCGCUUGGCUUGGCCGGAGCGGGGAGGGCCGGGGGGCAGCGGGCGCGGUGCCCCCCCGGCCGGGCACCGGCCGCAGGCUUUGGCAGCCCUGGACGUAGAUGAAAUAAAAGCUUCGGCCGCUU